UAAAGAUACCCGUUAUACGAAAAUUUGGUGACAGGGCAAAGAAAUAAUCGCCCGCACGCACACAGCUUACAUUGGGUGGAAUAAUUGGAAGUUUUUGAAACUUGAAAGCAACUCUACGAAACAAUCGCAGAUUUAUACAAACUAAGUUUUACAUAAGAACAAUUGCGUUUAUUUGGUAUAUAUUACCCAGUAGAAAAAUAUAUUGGGUUCCGUCUAUCGUAUUGGAUAUUUUGGCACAGCGAGUCUGAAUGCAAAUAUGUGGUGCUCAAAAUGGAACCACCAAGAGACAAAUGGAACUUUGUUUUAUUGAUUUUUGUAAUACAUGGCAUUGGGACUUUGAUGCCGUGGAACAUGUUCAUAACCGCGAAGAGUUAUUUUGUAGACUUUAAGUUGGGAAGUGAAACAAAUUCUACGUCACCUUAUGCCUCAAAUUUUUUACAGUACCAUAACUUCGCUGCACAAAUUCCCAACGUGGUAUUUAAUUGGUUAAAUAUAUUUGUUAAUUUAGGGGGUGAUUUGACAAAGCGAAUUGUUUUCAGUAUUUUGUUAGAAUUAGCAUUAUUCAUUUUAACUGUAAUUUUGGCUAUGGUCGACUCAUCAGAUUGGCCUGGUAUAUUCUUCUGGACAACCAUGAUUACUGUUGUUUUGUUAAAUAUGGCUGGAGGUAUUUAUCAGAAUACUAUUUAUGGAAUGGUAGCUACACACCCAUUUAAAUAUACCGGCGCUGUUGUAUUAGGAUCUAAUAUAUGUGGACUAUUUGUUUCUAUACUAAGUAUAGCAAGCAACUCCAUAUUUUCAUCAAAACGGACUGCAGCUAUUUACUAUUUUAUCACAGCAAUGGUCGUACUAUUGGCAUGUUUUGACACAUUUUUCGCCUUACCAUUAAAUAAAUUUUACCGGUAUAAUCAAAUUUCACGCAAAUCAGAUAAGGAAACAAACUACAAUAAAGUCACUACCGUGCCAUAUUGGACUAUUUUCAAGCAAGCUUCAUUGCAGUUAUACAAUGUUUUUUUCACUUUUUUCAUUACGCUAUCAAUAUUUCCGUCUGUACAUUCAGAUAUAAAGGUAUCAUCAAAUGCUUUCUUUAUACAAAAGGCAGACUUAUUUACUUCAGUUACCUGUUUUCUGACGUUCAAUCUUUUUGCAAUGCUAGGAAGUUUGACAACAUCUUGGAUACAAUGGCCUAGUCCAAAAUAUUUGGCUGUGCCUGUAACUCUAAGGAUAGUAUUCAUACCGUUAUUUUUAUAUUGCAACUAUCACCCUCUAAAUGUGACAAGAACGCUACCAAUCUUAAUAACGAAUGAUUGGGUGUACUGGAUCAUUGCUGCUGUGAUGUCAUGGAGUUCUGGUUACCUAAGCUCAUUGGCAAUGAUGUACGCACCACAAUCAGUUGAGCCGAAAUAUCAAGUGAAAGCUGGAAUGUUUGCAGCUGCGAUGCUUAUAACCGGAAUUUUCGCUGGAAUUGUUUUUUCUUUUUUAAACCCUUCUUUCGUUGGAUAUUAAAUAUAUGCAAAUAUAAAAUGAUUGUUAAGCUUAUAAUAGCCAUACACCUAGCAAGGAUUUAAAAAGUGCAAAACCAACGUCUGAAUAAUGUUAAUUACUCAAAUGUAAAGCAAUAUUGAAUUUCUUAUAAUAAUUCUUAAUCAAAUACACAAAUUUUUUACAAAUAAUACUAUCAGGGAUCGAAAAUAGUAAUUAUUUUUGGUUUUUCAAUGAAAAAAAUCAAAGGCUCCAAAGACGUAACCCAUAAAAGAUGUCUGUUAUAUGUAAAGGCACAGUUCCAGUGGUUUUUUACGAUUCUGAAGUGAUAUCGAUUAACCUUAAAUUUUAAUGUCAACUUAUCCUUCAGAAAAUAAUUAUUAACUAUUAAGUUAAAUUUUUUGAUCCGAAAGAUUUUUUCGAUUUAUAUAUUUGCGCUCAAAAGUAAUGAUUAUAUCUGAGCUAUAAAUUUGUCUUAUCAGAAAUAAAUAUUAUCUUGAUCACAAGGAAUCGCGUGAUUACCACAUACGUGGUAAAUUUGUGGACGGGAAAAUACAUCAAGAUAUGAUAUGAUAUAUUAUCUAUGGAUAUAACACAAUUCUUUCUUCACUCAUUACAUUUCUGACAUAUGUAGAUAAAGCUGGGAUCAUGAAAAUAGAUGUGGUGCUGAAGUGUUAUUAUCAUAUUAUUAUAGAUUACACACGGAAUCGGUUUUGUUUUUAUACAAUAAAUACGAGUAUGGGAGUUUCAUUAAGGUAUUUUUUUUAAUAUGAAAUGCUUUAUUUAUUUCUAAGAUAAUAUUUCAUUAAAAUCUAUUAUUGCCUUGAAUCUGUUACACAAUUUUUACGCACAUAGAUUUGUAACUUUUAACUUUGCUGAAUCGAACAGUUAAUGUAGACCUCAGUCUAUUCUAGUAAUAAUAAAACGCAAAUCUUUGUUCUUCAACCUUCA